UUGAAGUAAAUAAACACUCGAUUUUGAGAUAAAAUAAUUUAUGUUCACUAAAAUUUGUUUCAGAAUAAGUUCAAGUUAUAUAAAAUUUCCAUCGUGUAUUUAAUUAUUCUCUUCAGUUCAUUCUCAUGAUCAUCUGUAUCUUUUCCAUUUCUAAUCAUUUUGAUAUCAGAUUUUCCGGCAUAGAUUUUCGAGUGUUUGAUUUGCAGCUUGAAAUCACCCAGCAGUACAGGAAAUAAUUAUGAUAAGCACUGAAUAAUGGAAGUGAAAGAUAUUUUCAAUGCCACCGAGUUGGAAAAUCCGACAAAAUGUUCAGUUGUCCCUCGAAUAAUAACUUCACAAUGCCAUUCAGCCAAUAGAGGAGCAAUCGACUGGGGUUGGCAUGGUUUAUUAGCGUAUGCUGCUCAAUGUAACGUAGUAAUCGUCGAUACGAAAAAUGUACAGCAAGUGCAGUGUCUGUCCCGACAUAAAUCUCCCAUAAAAAAGAUUCUCUGGAGUCCCAUUCGGGAAGAUGACGAUGCUUUGAAUCUGAGUUUGGUUUCUGCAGAUACGAGCGGAUGUAUCGGAUUUUGGAACGUCAAAGAGGCGAAAUUGGUCUCUUUUGUGCAAGAAGGAAAUAAACCCGUUUUAGCAAUUGAAUGGGUCCCUCGUACGAAUAAAGAUGAUCAUCUGUAUCUAGCUGCGUUACAUUCCCCGUACAGCUUAGUCAUUUGGAAUGUAAAUAAAGGCUGGAAAGAAUGGAAGAAAAGUUUUACUGAUAUUUUAUCUACUUUCAGUUUUGAUCCUUUUGACGGAACUAAAUUAGCUUUUCUUUGCCCCGAUUGCAUAUUGUUCGUCGAUGAAUUCUCCGUUUCAAAAAUCCCAUCGACAAAUGGACGAAAAUUUUACAUUUCGAGUCCACGAUUAACAGAAGAAAAUCUAAGAACUAGAGAUAGGCUUAAGAAAUUAAUGCGUGGACUGGUUGUUGGUGAAAAUAAACCCAAACCUGAAGAUACAAUGACCAUAUCAGAAUGUCUGCAAUUGUCUUAUCAUAGAUCUUUAAGAAAUCAUAUUAUAUUGUUGUAUCAACGAGAUAUUUUAUUAAUCGAUUUACAUAUCAAUAUGACCGUAGGAGUAAUAUCAAUUGAUAAAACAGCGUCACCUCUUCUACAAAUUAUUUCGUGCAACCAGAGAGAUAUACUGUAUUGUCUUCACGAAACCGGUAAUGUUAGCGUUCGAGUUCGUAGAAGGAGCAAUUCAACUUUUAUGAUGGCUUCACCAUUUGACACGCCGUUAGAUCCGGCCAGCAAAUUAGAUACUUUGACGCCUGCUUAUUCUGAAAAAUUUCUCUGGUACGAUUAUCGCUGUCAAAGUGAACCUGUUCGACAAGUAAAGGGAAUGAAAAUAUUAAGCAUUGCUGCGUGUCCAAUCACCGAAAAACAAAUUUGUUUGGUACUGAAUACUGGACGAUUGGUCUUUUUAGAAGUAGAAAAAACCAAUGAAAAUCGAGGCGAUGGAAAGAAGCAGAAUAAUCGUUUGCUGAGCGAUAUUUUCCCUCCUUCUACAACGGAUAAACUAAAUAUGCCGACGAAUUUAAGGAUCAUAACGUAUAAAAUUUUGAAUAAUUUCAAUUGGCCUAUCACCGUGGUGAAAAAAUGUCCAGCGGAUAUGAUGAGAAAUAUUACCAGUAAUCUGGCUGACAAUAUUAAUUACUUAGCUAUCGGCACGAGUGCUGGUCACAUUUUAUUUUAUAAUGUUCUCACUGGAGCUAUAUGUAAAGAAUUUUCCGUCCAUAAUAACCUCGUCAGAGGAAUCGAAUGGUGUGAUAUAUCUCAUGUUUUGUCUUGGUCACAAACUGAUGCCGGUGGCCAUAAGGUUAAAAAUGAAUUAUUUGUUACCAAUAUUAUCAAUGGACAAUAUCGUGCUAUACGAACCAAUAUUGGGGCUGAAAGUCCCAUCGAGUCAAUUCGUGUUUCUCCUUUAAAGCAAUAUUUCGUUAUCAUUAAGAAGGAUGGUAAAUUGGAACUUUGGAAUUUGAAGAAAUUAUCUUUUGUAAGAAGUAUGCCUGAUAAGUUCCCGGUGGUUAAAGCAUUGGAUUGGUCGCCAAUUUACAAUCCAAAAAAUCGCAGGAAAUCAGAAGAUAAAAGUGAUUUACCAUCGCCGUCGUCUACCAGAGAACAUUUAGUGUUUUGUGAUGCAGAUUGCAUGCUUUAUCACUUUUCAGUAGACAAUAAUUCGUUGCAAGAUGGAAUUAAAAUUCCGCCCGAGAAUUUGGUUGCUCCGAUUACAUCUUUAGCGUUUAAAAGUAAUAAAAUUAUUCAAGCGGAUAUCGAAGGUCAAUUAAAUAUUUGGGACUUGAAAGAACAAGCGUCUCGAGUUGUGAAUACAAAUCGAACCUGCAUAUCAAAAAUAAGGUUUUCACCGGGCAAAGGAAAUUUGAAACUUUUGAUUUUAUUCGUCGAUGGAGGUGUAGAUUUGUACGAUUUGAAACAAAUUGCCUCUGAAAGAAUAGCUCAAUUGAAAUGUCCUAAGGAUAUAGUUAAAGUCAUUGAUAUCGAUUGGGCUACAUCUUAUGCACCUAUAUUAGUCACCGAAGAUGGGUGCAUUUUGAUAACAGAUAUUCACUUUCAAAAUUAUUUCUCUCCUUUAAUGGAUUACUGCUUCGAAGUUCCUGUUAAAUGCCCUGCAUUAAUACCUAGUCAUUUGAUUACUGUCGUUCACGCUUGGUUCUCGAUGCAAGAGAGUGAAAAUUCGCGAAAUACUAUAUUUUUAUCUCAACAUUUCAAUAAAGAAGUCAAACAGCAAAUAGACUCAUUGCCUGUGAAUGAAUUGAGUUCUUGUACCAUGGGUGUAGCUGAGAGAAGCCUAUUAAUGGCUGCUUUUUUGGGAAUGUUGGACGAUUUGAAAUUCUGGACUGUGGCUUUGUAUUACUUGCAAGCUUCCACUUUAAAUUCAAUAUGUGAAAAUGAACCUGAAGAUAGUGGCAAUAAAUUCAGUAAUAGAUAUUUUACUCUGCAACCUUUAGAUACCUCUUAUGAUUACCUUUGUGAUCGAUAUACAUUCCAGAAAUUACAAUUGGAACAAGUUGAAUUGCACGAAUGGAAACGAGGCGAUUACCAACACACUCAACGAGUAAUCGAAAGGCUUAUUUUACUGGGUGAGAUGGAUCGAGCAGUACAACUGUUGCUGGAAACGGAUUUCAAUAAUACAAAUUAUUACGCCGAUGCCAUCAAAGCUUGUCUUUUGGCUACCAUACAAACAGGCACCGGAAGUGCUCAAAGCACUAUUAAAUUAGUAGCUACCAAUUUCAUAGCUAAUGGUAAAAUAUGGGAAGGUGUACAGCUACUUUGCCUGAUUGGUAAAGGAGUCGAUGCUUGCAGAUAUUUAUUAUCUUACGGUUUAUGUAGCGCAGCCAUGUGGUUAGCCAAAGCUACAUUGCCAUUUGACGAUACCAUCGACGUGGUUAAAAAAUGCGCUUUGCAUUUUAAAAAUCAAGGAGAUUGGGCCGAAGCUGUUUUAAUUUUAAUUUCACAAUUUCAAUGGGAAUCUGCUUUGGAAAUAUUGUUACAAAAUAGUCAAUUUGAGAAAGCAGCGUUGCUGUUGUCGUCGUGUAGAAAUUUCAACAUCACCGUCAACGAUGAGUUGAGCAUACAGGCUGAAAAUAAAUUCGUCAGUUUGUUGGAAAAGUACAAUUUAUCGGCAAAAUGAACAAAUCUUGUCCGCGAUUCGUUACCAUAGCGUUAUUUUUAUACUUUUAAUAAAACAUAUUCAACUUUACGAAAA